AUAUCUCACAUCUCUCUCUUCUUGACUCUUCCCGGCACCAAUGGCCGUAGUUCUCGGAAACCUAGCUCUGUUACUAGACGUGACCUCGCCCCGGACCAUAUUACCGGACCGGAAAACUCGUCCGGUGGCUCUUGACACUUUACUGAACCUAAACCUCAGCCUGCCGAUAAAGCGGGAGAGGGACCCGCAUAAUCACAGUCACUCAUUUAACGGCUUCAUCGGCGCCAAGGGGUUUGACUCGGACGGCGGCGAGACUCGGAGCCAGCGAGUGGUGGCUCGGGGGAAGGCGAAUUCGAAGGUGAACGGGGUGGACUUUGGGGAGGGGAACGGGAAUGGAUUUGGGGAAGGGGAUGAGGAGGAGGAGCAGGCGGCGCCGUUGGAUUGGGAGAAGGAAAUGCGGCGGAGGGUGAAGGAGAUCGAGGAGAGGAAGGAGCUGGAGAAGAAGGCUGAGGAGUUACAGAGCCGGAUCGAGGAGGAUUAUGGAGGUGACGGUGGGGAAGAGACUGAGCAGGAGAAGCGGAUGAGAGUUAGGAAAGAGCUAGAAAAGGUGGCUAAGGAGCAGGCUGAGCGGAGAGCCACCGCACAGUUAAUGUUCGACUUGGGACAGAAGGCUUAUGGGAGGGGGAUGUAUGGUCGAGCCAUUGAGUUCCUAGAAGGUGCACUGACAAUCAUUCCGAGGCCAACGUUACUUGGUGGUGAGAUACAAAUUUGGCUUGCUAUGGCUUACGAGGCUAACAAGCGCCAUGCCGAUUGCAUUGAUCUUUAUAAGCAAUUGGAGAACAAGCACCCCAGUGUCAGCAUACGACGCCAAGCUGCAGAUCUUCGCUACAUUUUGCAAGCACCAAAGAUCAAGAUUACCCGAGAAGAGAUGGUAACCAUACCACUCAUUGGUUCUAGUUAUGACAGCUAUGCUGGAACGUGGAGCGAUAAAUACAAGGACAAAGAUCAGAGGAGCAGCGGGACAGUAACUAAUCAAACUCCAUCAUCCAAAGACUAUUUUGGGGACUUCAUGGUAUGGCGACCCCCAAUUGGAUUGGAGAAAAGCCAAGCUUUCUGGAUAGCCUUGACAUUAUGGUUGGGUUUAGUUGGAGCUGCAGUCUUUCUUCAAAGCUGAACUAGACAAGCAUUGUAAUGGUAUAUGCGAGUAAUUGAUGUGUUUACCAUGUUAUUCAUGUAAUUAUUUGUUGUUGAUGUAAUUAACACGCCAACACUCUGUAUAUUUCAUGGUG